AUGGAAGGCGAUGCAAAAGACAAUACAAAAUCUUUCUCCGGGAUACCGGAGGCAAUAUUUGUUGAUAAUGUUGAUGAAUUUAUGAGUAUGCCUGAAAAUUCUGAAGGAGUAGAAAAGGUUCUUCGAAAGCUCGACGAACAGCACGGAAAAUAUAAAUUUAUGGAAUACACUUUGAACACAAAGAGGAGGCGACUGCGAGAGCAAAUCCCAGACCUAGCUCGUACUCUUGAAAUGAUUGAAAAGCUAAAAGCACAAAAGGAAACUAUGGAAACUCAGUUUUUGCUCAGUGACCAGGUUUUUGUUAAGGCAGAGGUACCACCCACAAACAAUGUGUGCUUGUGGCUUGGAGCAAAUGUAAUGCUUGAAUACACAUUAGAGGAUGCUGAAAAUCUUCUUACCACAAAUAUGGCAACAGCUACAAAAAAUCUUGCUAAUGUUGAACAUGAUUUGGACUUCUUGAGGGAUCAAUGGACCACUACAGAAGUAAAUAUGGCUCGAGUCUAUAAUUGGGAUGUCAAGCGUCGUCAGGCGGCCAAGGCUUCAAGUUAA